AUGGCGAGGUGGCAACGUGAGGAGACGCGGCCCCCGCCGAGGCGGUGGCGUGAGGGGAAUGUCCCCAAGGGCGCCUGGAGGUCACAGCACGAAGGCAGGUGGCACAUGGGAGACAGCACGAGGACGUGCGGCUCCUGUCCGGCGCUGAAGCUGAGAGCAGGAGACAAGAACUGUCUAGUUGCCCGCUCAAAAUGUUACCUGAAACUCGGAGACACAGAAAAUUCCCUGAAAGAUGCUGAAGCUUCUCUCCAAGAUGACAAAACAUUCUCCAAGGGACUUUACCAAAAAGCUGAGACAUUAUAUACCAUGGGUGAUUUUGAAUUUGCGUUAGUGUUUUAUCAUCGAGGCUACAGACUACGUCCAGAACUACAGGAGUUCAAGCUGGGUAUCGAGAAAUCCCAGGAGGCAAUUGUCAACUGCAUUGGAAGUCCAUCCUCAGUUAAACUGGAGAAUAAAGAGGAUCUGUGCUUUAUAAGCAGGCAGGCAGAGAGCAAAAAAGCAAAUCAGAAAGCCCAAAUCAAACUGACUAAGGAUCAAAAAUGGACAAGGAAACAGGAGCCUGUGAGGAAUCCAAAAACAGAGCGACAGCUUCUUGGAGAGCUUUAUGCUGACAAAGCCUACCUAGAAAAGUUGCUCAAGGAUAAAGAUUUGAUGGAGAGCAGCACAAAGCAGGGGAUCAAAAUAGCGGACCUGGUUUUGAGUGGCAUUGCCUACCUGGACACACGCAGUGAAUUCUGGCAGCAGCAGAAGCCUAUUUAUGCCCGUGUGAGAGAACGGAAGCUCAGGCAGCAAAGGUGGAUCCGGGACAAGAAACGAAAACCAGCUGAAGUUGGCAGAUACAUCGUGAAGAGCAUGGAAGACAUUGAUAUGUUGCUGACUGGCGACUGCCCUGAAGAAAGCUGCAAGAAAGCUCAGCGUGUGCUAAAAAGAAUACAAGGGUGGUCAGAUGAUGAAGUUCCCAACAAGAACGAACUGAUUGGAAACCUCCACAGCUGCAUUGGGAAUGCUCAGUUAGAGAUGGGUCAGGUGGAGGCAGCUCUGCAAAGCCAUAAAACGGAUCUGGAAUUUGCCAGGCAGAACAAUCUGCCAGAUGCCGUAUCCAGAGCCCUUGAUAACAUUGGCAGAGUUUAUGCCAGAAUCGGCAAAUUCCAGCAAGCUAUUGACACCUGGGAGGAGAAGAUUCCAAUGGCAAAAUCCAACCUGGAGAAGACCUGGCUGUUCCAUGAAGUUGGCCGAUGUUACCUGGAGCUGAAUAAACCUGAAGCAGCCCAAAAUUACGGGCAGAAGUCCCUGCAGUCAGCAGAUGAAGAGGGAGAUGUUGAGUGGCAACUCCAUGCUACUGUCCUAGUGGCACAAGCACAAGUAAAAUUACACAAUUACUGGUCUGCAAUCAUGAACUUUGAAAAAGCACUUGAGAAGGCAAAGCUUAUUCACAACGAAGCUGCUCAAAAGGCCAUCAUUAUUUCCUUAGAUGAUGUGAGCAAAAGCUUCAUCGAAGAGCUGGAAAAAAGAGAAACGACAGCUGACACUCCUACAG